CAACACAAAAUCAAAUAGGAAGCUACCUGCGAAAAGGAAUUUCUUGAGAAUGGGUGAUAAGGCGGAUUGGGGUGAUACUUUUUUAAGGCAUUUGAUUGAUGCUUGCAAAGAAGAGAUUGAAGCAGGGAAUAGGCCGAUGGGAAUUUUCACUACUACCAGUUGGAAGAACGUUGUUUCCAAGUUUGCAGAAAAAUCCGGUGAUACGAGAACAAAAAAACAAUUGAAGAACAAGUUAGAUCUUCUGAAAAAGGAGUAUGUCACGUUUAUGGAGUUCAAGAAUUGUCCAAUUGGUCUUGGAUGGGAUGAGGCAAAACAAAGUGUUGAUUGCUCAGACGAAUGGUGGGACGAACACCUUGCUAGAUGCAACAAUCGUGAGAAAGGAAUCAAAUGCCACCAUAUUAAGUUUCGAAAACAAGGACCCAAGUUUCUCGAUGACCUGCAUAUCUUGUUUGGCAAGGCACAUGUAACUGGGUCUUCAGCAUCCUGUCCUGGAGAUAUAUCAUCCGAUGAGGCAAGUGAUGAGAAUGUGGAUGAGGUAGUGAAACCUACGCAGAAGGAUAUGACAGUGAACCUAGGAAAAAGGAAACGCAAGGGUACCUCUAUUGGUGUUGAAGAGAAGGAUGAGAAGAGCCCAUUCUUUCGUUUGUACAAGUCCACUUGUUUGAAGACAGAAAAUGCUGCAGAGAGGAUCUCCACAAGUGUUGAAGCAUCAUCAGCUCCUCCAACUAACCUAGUUCCUACCAUUACAGAGACUAUGAAGAUGGUGAAAGAAUGUGGGGUGCAAGAAGGAACUGCUCUAAUGCACGCAGCCGCUUCCCUAAUUGUUAAACCUGAAUUUAGGGAGCUCUUUAGCUCUCUAGAAACAGCUAAAGGCAGACUGGAUUUGAUUGAGAGGGAGCUAGAAAAGGAGAUGAUGAAGUGCCACUGA